CUCGCUCGCUCGCUCGUCUGCCCAGCGGAAUCCCCCCCCCCCCCCCCCCCCCCCCCCCCCGCCGCCGCUCCUUCCGGCUUCGGAACUCGCCCGGGAUGGCAAACGCAAGAUCAGGAGUCGCGGUGAAUGACGACUGCAUGCUGAAGUUCGGCGAGCUGCAGUCGAAGAGGCUGCACCGUUUCAUAGUUUACAAGAUGGACGACAAGUUCAAGGAGAUUAUUGUGGAAAAGGUUGGGGAUCGCGAGACCAGCUAUGAGGAUUUCACCAACAGCCUACCUGAAAAUGACUGCCGAUACGCUAUCUAUGAUUUUGACUUUGUUACUGCAGAGGAUGUCCAAAAGAGCAGGAUCUUCUAUAUCCUAUGGUCCCCAUCCACCGCCAAGGUGAAGAGCAAGAUGCUUUACGCGAGCUCAAACCAAAAAUUCAAGAGUGGGCUCAAUGGCAUCCAGGUGGAACUGCAGGCUACUGAUGCUACUGAAAUCAGCCUUGAUGAGAUCAAGGAUCGGGCACGCUAGGCGUCAUCGCACGUCUCAUGAUCAUGCAUUGUGGACUCGCCUACUGCUGUGGAUUUGUAUGCCAUUAUAGACUUGGUGCUAUGAAAGACCGCUUGGUGAUUUAUGGGUUUGUUGCUGUGUAAAAAGAUCCUCGUGGCUUUUCCAGAAAGACCAUGAAGGUUUGGAUCUACCAUGUACUUCCUUGUUGUCUGCCAAAUGAUGUAUGGACUAUGCCACUAUGGACAUGUGUUGCGCUGUUCAAGUUACUAAAAUAAGUAAUUGAUAUGUUCCCUACUCGUGAUUC